AUGCCGUUGAAGUUCUACUUCGCGAGUGUUCCGAUAUCGAUGGUUCUGGCCACACUUUACCUCUACUAUGUUGUUGAGUAUAAACCGUCGCAGAAGCGAGUCAAGCUUCUCGAGGAUCUUGCAAUGAAGGUUGUGCACAAGCCAUCAGAAUGCGAACUCAAAGCAAGUGAUGGUGACUUGGUCCAUGUCCACUACACAAGUUUCUUGAAAAGUGCUGGCCAGCAAUUUGAGAGCACAAAAGGCGGUGAACCGUAUGUUUUCAAGCUGGGCAAGUGCGGCCAACAGUCCAAACCAGAAUGCAUGAAAGGCUUUCAAAGCGCAGUGAUGGGAAUGUGUACUGGUGAAAAGAGGAAGGCGACAAUUCCUCCGAAGCUAGGGUACGACAAGAAGGUACGACCGCCAGAGAUCAGCUUUGAUGAAAAGAUUUUGUUUCACAUCGAGAUGGUUGAUAUAGACAAGGAUUAG